UCCCACACCACCACCUCCAUGCCCACACCCCACACCCCACCACACCCCACACCCGGCCACACUAACAGCUCCUCCCGCAGGGUGUGCGGUAGCGGUGGCGGGCCGGGCGCGCCGCACGGGGCCGCCGUCAUGCUCUCGCCGGUGGACGCGGGACACGGGCCGCACGGGCCACACGGGGUGCACGGCCCCCACGGCCCCCACCCCCACCCCCCCUGGGCACCCGCCGGGCUGGACGACAUGACGCAGAAGGCUUGUGAUAUCGAAUUCUCCUCGGCUCUGACCACAGGCGAGUAUCAAAGUGUCUUGGUUGGGGAUGGAAGGGUUCAGGUAUUUAUGAUUCCCCGGAGAUAG